UGUACAUAAAUAGAAGUGAAAGCAAAAGGCAGAGUGCUGAAAUAAUGGCGACUAGUAAAGUAACUAAUGAUCUAUAUGAGAAUUUACUUUGCCCUAUUUGCUCUCAUUUUUUUAACAACUCUGUAAUUCUGGAAUGUGGGCACAAUUUCUGCAAACUCUGUAUAGACAAGAGCUGGGGCAGCGAGAAAAAUCCCUCUUGCCCAGUGUGCCAAGAGGAAUUUCCAUCCAAGAAUUACACAGUCAACAGGCUGUUAAAUACAUUGGUUGAGAAAGCUCAGAGACCAUGUCAGGAGCAGACAAGUAAUUGUGUAUUAGAAUCAUAUCAAUGUCCAGAGCAUAAGGAGGCAUUGAAAUUGUUCUGCCAAGAGGAUGAAAGUCCCUUAUGCGUUAUCUGUACGGUUUCGAUUAAACAUGCAGGUCACUCCUUCCUAUCCCUGCAGGGGACAGUCAACAUAUUUCAGGACAAGCUGAAAAAUGCCUCAUCCCUUCUGAAAUCAAAAUUAAAGGACAUCAAAGAACUUCAGAAUCACCAAGAACAAGAGAUAUCCAACUUCCAGAAUAAAUCUUCAUGUUUGGAACAACACAUUAAAUCUGAAUUUGGCAAGUUGCGCCAUUUCCUCCAGGACAAGGAAGUGACUCUGAUCCAACAGCUCAGUAAAGAAGUUGAGGGAAUUCUGGGAAAGAUGGAGGAAAACCUGAAGGAUAUAAAAGCCAAGCACAGCACUAUUCUAGCUCAACUGUCCAAUGUUCAGUUAACAGUGCAGCUGGAAGAUCCUCUACAUUUUCUUCAGAAACUCAAGGAUGCCAAACAAAUAUGCACAAAAACCCCAACAGAAGAGGUUCUGCCAGAACUUUUACUGGGUAUCUGUGAUGAAAGUCGGGAAACGUACAAUUAUUUCAUACAUCAUGAAGACUGGAAUGAAUGGAAAUACAACAUGAGAACAGUCCCAGAACCUUUGACAUUGGACCCUGACACAGCACACCCUGAACUCAUUCUCUCUGAGGAUCUGCCCAGUGUAAGGCAUGGUGACAUUAGACAGCAGCUCUCGGAUAUCCCAGAACGAUUUGAUUAUUGUCUCUGCGUGCUUGCAAAGGAAGGAUUCACUUCAGGCAGGCACUACUGGGAAGUGGAGCUGAAGAAUAAAACUGAAUGGGAUGUGGGUGUCACAAAAGAGUCCUCUAACAGGAAAACAAUCAUCACCCUGAGCCCUGAUAAUGGACACUGGGCUCUGUGGCUGCGGGACGAGAAUGACUAUAAGGCACUAGAUAUAUCAAUAAAGGAUAUCAAUCUCAGUGUGAAACCUCAAAAAAUUGGUGUGUACCUGGACUAUGAGGCUGGCCAGGUGUCAUUUUAUAAUGCUGAUAACAUGUCCCACCUCUACACUUACACUGACACUUUCACUGAGAAACUGUACCCUUUAUUCAGUCCUUGUCUUAAUUAUGAAGGUAAAAAUGCAGAGCCUUUAAAACUGGUUCACCUUCAAAUGUGAUGCAGAAAGGAUUUUUUUUCAUUUGACCAAAUUACACAUUUUGGUAGUAUUUUUCUUAGAGAUACAAUCACAUUAGCUUACUUAAGAAAAUUACUACAAAUAUACAAAAUAUUGCAAUUAGUGAUUUUAAGAUAAAAUGAAAAAUAAUGGCAUUUAAAAAUUGGCGUUUGUAAUGUAAGUAUGUUAUUCAGACUGUCUGUAAAUCAAGUCCGAUAAA